AUGCUCCAGGAAUUUUUUGAACCCGUGAGGAAACACCUAGAAGAGGAAAUGCAAGAACUGAAAAAAUCAGUGGAGUAUAUGUCUGACUGUUUCGACAGACAAAAAGAAAACACAGAGGAAUUAAUCACAAAAAUUAAGCUAAUUGCAAAGGAAAAUGAGGAACUAAACCAACGUGUACUACAGUUAGAGAACAAACUUAACUGGCAGGAACAGAGGGAAAAAGAAAAAAAUCUAAUUCUGUGUGGAGUCCCAGAUCAACUAAAUAAAAACACCAACCAAAUCACAAUGGAUAUUGCUAGGACAGUGAGUGUAUCAAUCAAAGAAGACGAUAUAGAAAGCAGUUACAGAGUGAACAAAAAAGAUAGUGCACCCAUUCUUGUUAAACUCCGAACCAUUGAAAAGAAGAAGGAAAUGAUAAUAGCAGCCAAAAAAAUGAGAGGGAUAAAAGUGAAUGACUGUGGUCUUGAAGGUACUAACAGGAAUAUUUUUUUCAAUGACGAUUUAACAUUGCAAACUCAGAUGCUUUUCAAGAAGACGAGAGAUCUUAGAAAAGAAAAAAACUACAAGUCUGCCUACUGUAUUGGGGGCAAAAUAUUUCUGAGAAAAACUGAUUCAGAUAAUCCGAUAAGGAUACACUCUGAAAACGACUUAGUGCAAAACUGUUAA